AUGGACGAGUCCUUUGACGAUGAUUUCAGUGCGUCCCUUCCCAGCACCUUGUCCAAAGUUGUGCAAACCACAGUACUGUGCCCUGCAUUUGCCAUAAACCUGUUUGGAAACAUUUGCGUCUGCCUGGCUGUUGCUCGUGUACGCUCUCUUAAACAAAGACCUAACACACCUUUCCUUGCCAGCCUAGCAUUGACGGACUUGUCUUUUUCGUCCUUUCUUUUGUUCCGUUUAAUCUGGUUGUACGAUUUUGAGGCAGCGUCCAAAGUGUGUGAAUUCUUCGCGAUGGUCAUUUGCACGCACUCACUAGUUACUGUCAUCCACAUCUGCCUUCUUAGUUAUGACCGUUACGUGGCCAUAGUAAAUCCUCUAAGGUACAGAAGCAUAAUGACUACAAAACACGUCAAAAGGGUCUUGACUGCCGCCUGGUUUGCUCUGCUGGUGGGUAAAAUAAUCCUUCCCUUCAGCUAUCGCAGUAAUAGUAGUACCCAUUUCAGAAGAAGUAUGAUUGGUUGCUUGGACUUUGCAGCUGAAAACAAACCCUCAUUGAUCCAUAUAACCAACAUUGCCUUCAAUAUCACCUUCUUAAUGGCACUUCCUUUAGCUGUGACAGUAUUUGUCUACAUUCGCAUUGCCAAAAUUUCGUGGACGCUCAGCAACCAGCUUGAACCAGGAGAAUACCUGAACCCUGAAAAGGCCGAAUUGAGGAGAAAGAGGAGAAAGGAAAUGAAAUGGAUGAAAACCAUA